UCCAGGUUGGCGUAGGGGCUCCGCAGGUGGCGUCGGCCGGCUUCCAGGUUGGCGUAGGGGCUCCGCAGGUGGCGUCGGCCGGCUACCUGAGCAAGCAAGUUGCUCCUGCUCUGGUUAAAUCUGUGACUGGAAUGCAAGUGAACCCUGAUAGUGUGAGGGUUGUAUGUGGGGAGGAUUCGGUUAUGGUGGAUGUGCUACGAGACCUUCUAGCUAUUGGCCAGCUGAUCAAUGCUUCAGACAUCACCCUUGGUGGCUGUGCACCCAUUGGGCAGGAUGCUUCUGGCACAGUGAGGUUUCAGUCUGUGCUGCAGGGCUGUGGAAGUACACUGAUGAUGACUGCUGAUGCCCUGGUUUACAGCUUUGCAUUGAUCUACACCCCCAGUGGUAUUAAUGGCAGCCCCAUUGUGAGGACCAAUGGUGCUGUGGUUGGCAUUGAGUGUCACUAUUUGAGGAAACAAAAUGUGAGCAGCAAUGCCCUGGUGCCAACAUGGAUCCCCUACUAUGCCACAAUGGCGGCUGAGGCACAACUGAAUUUCUCACUGAGGCUGAUGGAUGGUAGGCAAGGGGUUCAUGCAGCAUAUCUGGCUUUACUCAGUGGGCUUGUCCUCAAGUCUAUGUGCCCUUUGUGCAGAUGCAUGGCAGAAUGAGAGGGCCUCCAACGUGUACUUCCUGGGAAGUGUCCUGAACAUUGAAGCCUCUGUCCUUGUGGGCAACGGUCAGCCCCUGCGUGUCUUUGUGGACAGCUGUGUGGCCACCUUGGUCCCUGAUGUGACCUCUGUCCCAAGC